GCACAGGCCUUUUCUUCUAGGGUGAAUGCUCGACCACUCGUCUGGAGUUUGUUUUGUUCAUAACUUGUCAACUUUAUCUGCGGAUAGCGAGCGAAAGGUAGCAGAAAAAUCAAAACCGAGAAAAACGUUUAAGAAAGACCUAGACCAUCUUCCAGCAGUUCCAGCACUUGCUUUACCUUGCCUUGGCCUUGCCGUCAAAUCAAAGACGAGAACGACAACUCCGACAACUCCGACCACACCGACUCCGCUGCGAUGCUAGCCGAGUGUCGAGGAAAGAAGAAAACAUGGCUUGGCAGGACCGUGGGUAGGGCAUGCGGCUGAAGUGCUGUCGGGCGCUUGUCCGCCAAGCCGGGAAGAUAGGGCCCCCGUGGCUGUGGUGAUAUGCCGUAAUGACGACGACGCCGGUGUUGGGAGCAUACAACUCGCCCAGUUUCAUGCAACUGCGCCAGCAGCGUCGGCUGUCUCGUCGGCUGCCAGUGGCUGCACUCCAGGAGAGGAUGGCCUUCAACGUUGUCUCCCAAGUGACCGACUACCUGUACCUAAGCGGCAUCCGUGCCAUCACUCUCACUGCUGUGCGCACCAUCGGCAUCACGACCAUUAUCAACUGCAGCAUCGACCUGCCGGACCUGCCCAUGGGCGCCGACAACAUCCACUUUAUCCGCGUCCGAGUGGACGAUUCGCCACUCUUCGACAUGUCCGUCUACUUUGACCCCAUCUCGGACCGCAUCCACGAUGUGUACCUGCAUGGCGGCAAGGUGCUGGUGCACUGCAUGGCCGGCGCCAGCCGCUCACCCACCCUUUGCCUCGCCUACCUGAUGAAGUACCACCGGAUGCGGCUCCGCGAUGCCUUCCGCUACAUCAAGGCACGCCGUCCCGUGGUCCAUCCAAACAACGGCUUCUUCAAGCAGCUCAUCGACUAUGAGAAGCAGCUGUUCGGCUCAGCCUCCGUCGAGAUGGUUGAGAUGCCCAACCUGGGGCCCGCAUAUGGGCUCAUCCCGGACGUUUACCUCGAGGAGUGCAAGGGACUCAUCUGGCUGCACAGCAUCAAGGGCCUCUCGCAGUGAGCGGCCGCCCCUCCUGCUGGAAGUGUCUUGCAUUCCGGGGAUUCAAUUUGGCUGCGUCGUUUCACGUUGUAAAUUGACUUCUGUGUUCCGUGCUAACGUUACCCGUGUCUGAGAUGCACCUUUCCAGUAACUGUGCUACCUCCGAUGGGCUCGUGGCAUCGUUUGUCUAAAGGUCAUCGGUCCAUUGUGAUGCAAGAUAUCUGGGAGAUUAACUUUCCGCACGUCCAGAGAAGCGUUAUCACUUCCAAGCAUGCUUCCUUCCUUCCUUUCCAUGUGCUGUCUUCCACUCUCUUGCUGUGUUCACGAGCAUGUAAAGAUCCAUGCUGCCCCUACAGAGACCUGUUGCAGCACGGGUUAUCUGACGUAUUCAUAUAAGUGUUCAAUGUCCUACUACAUCCCACUGCGAGAUGUGGACACCGUGCUGAUCUUGACCCUAGGACUCGCGUAAAAGGCUCCUAUGAGCCUUCUGCAGUGGUGGAUUCAUUCCCCUUGAAGUAAUAUUAUAACUAAAAAGACAGCAAAUGGAUACUAUGUUAAAUGCACACAUACUGUAAUCAAAAUUGUCAGGAUAUUCUUAGUAAAUAUGGUGGUCAUAUUUUUACUCAACUUUCUAGCCUCUGUGCUGCAAAUUGAUCAAUAGGUGAUAGUAGACCUACUAAUAAGCCAUGCAAAAAAAUUAAGCAUGCUAUUCUUGUGACACUAUGCAAAAUCAUGCUGGUCAACUAGUCAUUCUAUCUUGAGAUCUCUUGCAAUUUUUUUUUACUCCAUGAAUCUCUUCUGUGUUUAUGGGUAAUCUAACACGGUAAAACUAUAGUGUAAUUAUGCACGGGGGUACGGGUUCCUACUUCCCGCUGUUGUAUAGCAAUGGAAAGUUUCAUUGCAGGUGUUGGAUUUCCAAAAUGUUGGAACAUUGUUGUUGUAAUCUUGUUUCUCUUUGCUUUUGAAAUAUAUUCAGAUCAGUCUCUAUACGUGCUGCAGACCAUGCACUUCCUUCCUCAUACUGUCAGCAAAUGCCACAGCACAGCUUUGAUAAGGAAAAUUAUGAAGCAUAGUAUACACAAACUGUCAAUAGUUUAUGUUUUACCAUCAGUGUUCAGUAGACUGAAGUGGGAUUGCUGAAACACUGUACAUGUCACAGAGAAGGUAGCAGAUUAGGCAGUAUGUAUAGAAAAUUGCAAGCAUGGUGGCCUGGCUGGUGCCCCAUCAGUGCAAGCAAGUGUAGUGGGCAUGUGGACGUAGCUUUGGCAAGCUUGCAAUUGCACAAGCUUGCUCGCACAAGCAGAGACAUGGUGGCGGCCAGUUGCCCUGCUUGCAAUCGUGUAUAGGGUCUUAACGCUCUUAUGUAAAAUUAUUGAUAUAGUAAAAGCUAAAGAGAAGCUGAAGAGGUUCCUCAAAAUUUGUGCAGCACUUUGGUCAUGCUCAACGAAAUUGUUAACAGAAACAUGCGACACCCAUGUGGUUGGUGCCUUUAUGGGUCAUGUAGUCGCAUGACCGUGUGAUGUGACAUCACGUCUCGUGAUAACACUGUGUCGCAUGGUGUUGCACGACAUCACAGGUUGGCGUCUGGUCGCUUUUUUGUGUUGGUCUUUUUCCUACACAGCCAACCCUUGGUGUGCUUCAUGUUAAAAAAAAAAAAGUUUGAGGUGAACUCUAGUGUAUUUCUAUUUCAUUAAAGGGGCCCUGCAAUCAUAUUUAAGCGUCUACCUUUUUUGCGGUUUCCACGUCUCUUGGGGUUCGGGCAAGCCAGCGGGCACGGAGGGAGUAACUAAAUAUCAGUGCGUCAUAUUUUAACCGGACGACGUGGAAACCUCCUCCACCGACGAGGGCAACCCGCAGUACCGAAAGCGCGCAAGAUGUGACGUCUUUGGUCCUGGGCUUACUACUGGUCAGAGUCACUAAAAGCUUCUUUUUAGUCGAAAUAAUUAUUCAUAAAAGUAGUUUUUGUUCAGUAUUUUAGAUCAGAAAAGAAACGAAUGCAGUUCAUAAAGUACGGAAGCAAGAAAUGACCCGUCGACAUACCAGCCACCAAGCGGUGGAAAAGGCGGCGCAUACUAGAAAGGACUAGUGGGAUCAGGCGCCGACACGGAAAAGUCCCGGAUGUACGCGGCGGCGCUGCGGUCGUAUGGACAGAAGGAUCCGACCGGCUCCGAGCGUUCCGAAGGCCUUUGCCAAGAAGCUUUGCCUUGCGGUUUGGCCGUUUCGCGGUAUGGCAGCGCUAAGUGGCUCCCAUUCUGAACUGAUCUUUCCCCCGUGUUUGCUGUCGUUUGUGGCUAAUGAAGUGUCAUGCUGAAUUAAUAUUUAAUCGCGCAGCAAAUGCAAUGAGAGCCUCUCUGGCUGCCCGCUGCAUACAGCCUAUCCAGAACAUGCUUUAGUGGCGCCCUCUCGCACCGUUGACACGGAGUGCGGCAGCCGUGAGCGCUCGAUGAGCUCGCUACUCCUCUAGUUCACAGCCACUCUCAAGCAACCAAGGACGUCAUGAGGGAGGUUAUUUUUUGCUUGUUUUUGUAAUUUUAAUUUGCCUAUAACUUUUAAAAUAAAGGGGAUUUCGAGAAAAGAAAAGUUUCACUAAGUUACUACAUUCGGUGCGCUCAGGUUCGGUGCAAAUUAAAAACCAGUAAAAAAGUCAUUGCAGGGCCCCUUUAAAGGGGCGGUGCAACAAUUUUCAAACUUUGGCCAAUUAACUGCGGAAAUUAAUCUGUGUCACCUAUGGAACGAAGAACAGAAAGCCAUAUUUUCUAGCGAGUGCUAGUUUUUAUUUUAAAAAAAGAAACAAGUUGAAGGUCAAAGUGCCUCUCAACUGCACGUCGCCUUUCAAGUGACAUACUGUGGGGGAUCACUUGGCUUCGCCUCUUCAGAGAUCCCAGCCGCUUCCUCCGCGAUUGUAGACUUUUAAAGGAUUAGCAUCGCCGAAGGUCAGUGCGAGCGAUCAACACAAAAGACGGUUUUCAGGUGCCCAGUGCGUGCCCGCGUAGGACACCAAUCAGUACGUCACGUUUGUAGUUGUGGCCUUUUCAAAGAAAUGAAGAGCGCACAUACAUAAGUUUGAUCGGCACUCAGGGUAUGCAAACACUACAUCUUGCAAAGCCACUAUAUCACAAAAACUAGGCAAGACCAUAAAUUCAUUGCAAGCACAUAAAUAAUCAGUACCUUAUUGAGGCGAAAGCCUUGUCCCAUUGAGUGAAAAAGUGGUGUAUAUGGCCAUAAAAAUAUGACUGAACAGCAUGCGCUGCUCAAUCGUAUGCUCGAGAAUGAUGCUGUCCUUGGCGUCGUCCUUGAGGUUGUCCUAGACCUCUAUGAUGACCUUGCUUGUCCCAUUACGCGAAAAAGCGGCGGCGUUGUGCCUGAAAGAUGGCUAUAAAAAUGUCAUGAAGCAUGUGCCGCUCACGCUCAACUGCAGGUGCGUGAUGUCGCUGCUGGAGUGCUGAAUGCAAAAGGUGCACUUCGAACUUCAUCUGUGCUCGUUGUGUGCUUCUUGCGAUGAACUGUGAGGUGACCGCGUCUACAUCUACGGCGGCUUCCACAGGCAAACGUGGCUGCCCACGCAAAUACGCCACAGCCUCCUAAGUGUCCUCCAGGCGUCAUUCUCGACGCCGUCCUAAAUGUCGUUCUUGACAUUGUCCUUGAGAUCGUUCUCGUCGUCGUCCUAGACGCCAUACUUGGCGUCUAUUUCUAGGACGUCGUCCUAAACUUUAAUACAUGUAAAAUGCUUGACUCUAAAACAUUUCUUCCGCGGGACUAUAACGCUUUCGCCUUCCUACACGUAAGCAGUCUUCAGUGUCCUGUAAUUUUUUCCUGACCAUACACGUUUAAAAGUUGAUAUUAUAUGCUAGUGGUUCUCGACAGAAAGUCUGCGGGCACCUUGGGGUCCCCGAAGGCUUUCAGAGUUCCCAAAGCCCUCAACCGAGCAAUAAAAUAUUUUUUACUUGAAGCCGGCAGUGUUGCAUGCGCACCAAGAGAGUAGUGUUGAUUAGUAUGUUUCAAAGCUUCAAAGUUGACCUCCAUGCAUUUUGUUUUUACAGCAAAGCUGUUAUACACCAGGGUCUGGGAAAAAAUGCGUCCUCAUAUGUUGACAGAAAAAUUCCCAUUGGUCGUGGCAAGUAUGAAUAAAUAAAAACAGAGGGGUCAAGUAUGAAUAAAUAAAAACAAAAAGGUGG